UUGAUUCCAGGAUGGCCGAGACCUCCAAGGAGCAGACGUUCCUCGGCCUGACCUCGGACGACGCAGAGGAAAUGCUGCGGCGAGUGGAGGCCAGGGUUGUGCUGGUGAGGGAAGCGGGUGGAGAUGCUGCACUUAUAAAGGCACUUGAGGUACUCAAAUUGUCUCGCUGUCUUAAUGGAAAAGCAGCGUUGUGUUGUAUACGUUUGACAAAGCAGGGCAGAAGAUAGCCAUAUGCAAAUGAGCCUACUGGGGGGAAAAAAACCCUUACAAAAAUAAGUGUUCUGAAAGCAUUGAGAGUUUUGAUAGAUUAUGGCAUGAUUUAAAAAAAAAUAAAAUAAAAUUAAAGGCAAAUGACAAAUUAAUAAUAGAUUAAUUAACCUAGGCGAAUAUUAAAGCAUGGCACAUUAUGGCUAAUCUAUUACAAUGCACAUCACGUUUUCCGUUUAUAGCUGUAUGAUCACAAUACGCACAAGAUAAAAACAGUCCCUCCAGGAUUAUGCGAUCAGAGAAAUGAACACAAACGCUGCAAAAUUUGGAGGAGCUUGCAGUUUUUCAAAAUUACUGAAUAUUCGGGUCAAGACGCGUCUCAUUUACCAACAGACAUCAUUGCAAAAGACCAUUACAAUUUGACCAAUUUCAAGUAGUUUUCUGCAAAAAAAAAAAAAAUCACAAAUCUUGAAAAAAGGCGCUGCAAAAUCGAGCAUUUUAUUUUAUUUUUUGGCUGUAGUAAUCACGAAAAAACUCAAACGAAAUCCAGUACGGAUUGUACAUCUGUUUGUUCAUUACGUAACGGGUGUAUGAAAAUAUUGCAAUUAAUAACACUAAUCGAUGGAAAGAAAGAACAUCUGGAAAAUGCUUGAAAAAUGACUAUUACUUGUUUUAUGCCGUUUUGUGUAUAGCCAGUGGGAAUGAUGCAUUACAGCAUCUACAGGACUCCUGCAAAAAAAAAAUCUUCCCCUCUCCUGCUAUUAGGUUAUUUUUGCCUGCCGGUAGUUAUAUCUGCAGACAGAUCAGUGCAGACAGCGUUUCCUGUUUUCUGCACAAGAAUUAUGUCUCGGUUCAGAGUUUCUGUCCCUGCGGUUUGUCUUAGUGUCAGCGAAUCAUGGUCGCAAUUAAUAGCCGUUUUCCUGCUUACCCCGAGUCAGGAAUUUAACGAUGACAUGUUUUUCUUCCCGCGUCCGGACAUAAACGUCCCCUGUAUAAAGACAGACAAUGUCAGAGAGUUUGGCGAUGGAGAAAACGCUGAGUACGAGACGGUCUUUGUACUGAAGGACUUCCAGUCUCCUGACUACAGCUAUUUAUACAAAAAUGACAACCGCAUUUUGGGCCCCCCUGUGGUACUGCAUUGUGCUGGGAAGGGAGAGCCGCUGCCGUUCUCAUCCCGUCCUCUCUACUCCACCACCAUGCUCAACUUGUCACUCUGUUUCACUGGCUUCCGCAAGAAAGAUGAAGUGGUAAAGCUAGUUAACCUGGUGCAUCACAUGGGUGGCACCAUCCGCAAGGACUUCAGUACUAAAGUCACCCACCUCAUUGCCCAUUCCACUCACGGGGAGAAAUAUAGGUUGGCUGUGUGCAUGGGUACACCCAUCCUCACUCCAGACUGGAUUCAUAAGGCCUGGGAGCACAAGGAUAACGUCGACUUCCACGCGGGUGAUGAGGAGUUCCGUAUGGCCUUCAAAGUACCGCCGUUUCAGGAUUGCGUUCUGAGCUUUUUGGGAUUCUCUGAGGAGGAAAAAAGCAAUAUGCAGGAAAGGACGCUGAAGCACGGUGGCCGCUUUCUGGAGGUCGGAGAUGAGAAGUGCACUCACCUGGUGGUGGAAGAGAACUCCAUUAAAGAGCUGCCCUUCGUGCCGUCUAAGAGACUGUAUGUUGUAAAACAGGAGUGGUUUUGGGGCAGUAUUCAGAUGGAUGCUCGAGCUGGAGAAUCUAUGUAUUCAUAUGAGAAGUCGGAGAGCCCAGCGAUGAAGAAGGCCGUGUCCCUUCUUUCUCUCACGACGCCCACCAGUAAUCGGAAGCGGCGGCGUCUGCGUGACACUCUGGCCCAACUCGCUAAAGAGACUGAGAUCUCGCCCUUCCCCCCUCGUAAGAGGCCCUCGGCAGAGCACUCGCUCUCUAUGGGCUCACUGCUGGACAUCUCCAACACUCCAGACACAUGCAAGGCCUUGGCAGAGCGUAGCGUGGAAGGCAGGCAUAGACCGAGGAAGCCUGUGAAGAGAAGGAGUGUGAGGGAGAAGCAGAGGAGGAGUAGGACAGGCAGAGAAUGGCCUUUUCCCUGUACCAGCACCCCGCAGCGAGUCACAGAGCAGGACGCGCACCCUGAGCGCACGCACUUGGAUCUCUCACUCAGCUCGUCUCCAGAGUCAGGAGAGAACUCCAAACCUUCCAAAAGCUCCACACCUGUCCUGCCCAAGCAGUCGGCAAGAUGGCAAGUGUCCAAGGAACUUUACCAGACUGAGAGCAACUACGUGGAUAUCCUGGCUACAGUCCUCCAGCUUUUCAAGUAUCCACUGGAGAAAGAAGGGCAGGUCGGCGGCCCCAUCCUGGCUCAAGAAGAGAUUAAAACCAUCUUUGGCAGCAUCCCAGACAUUUAUGAAGUGCACACCAGGAUAAAGGCUGACCUGGAAGAGCUGGUUAUGAACUGGUCAGACGACAAGAGUGUCGGUGACAUCAUUCUGAAAUAUUCUGGAGAGCUGGUGAAAGCUUACCCACCUUUUGUCAACUUCUUUGAAAUGAGCAAGGAGACAAUCGUGAGGUGUGAGAAGCAGAAGCCCAGGUUUCACGCAUUCCUAAAGAUCAAUCAGGCUAAACCUGAGUGUGGGCGGCAGACGCUGGUGGAGCUGAUGAUACGUCCUGUUCAGAGACUGCCUAGCGUGGCUCUCUUACUCAAUGAUAUUAAAAAGCAUACCUCUGAUGAUAAUCCUGAUAAAGUCACUCUGGAAAAGGCCAUAGAGUCCCUCAAAGAAGUUAUGACUCAUAUAAAUGAAGACAAGAGAAAGACGGAAGGCCAGAAGCAGAUCUUUGAUGUGGUUUACGAAGUGGAUGGCUGCCCUGCCAAUCUUUUGUCUUCUCAUCGGAGUCUGGUGCACAGAGUGGAGACCAUUGCUCUAGGAGACAAGCCCUGCGACCGCGGUGAACAUGUCACUCUCUUUCUCUUCAGCGACUGCCUGGAGAUUGCCAGAAAGAGGCAUAAGGUGAUCAGCACCUUUAAGAGUCCUCUGGGGCAAACACGGCCACCUGCUCAGCUCAAGCACAUCACCCUCAUGCCCCUGUCUCAGAUCCGUAGGGUGCUGGACCUGCGUGACACUGAGGACUGUCAGAACGCCUUUGCCCUAGUUGUCCGGCCUCCUACCGAGCAGGAGAACCUCCUCUUCAGUUUCCAACUCACUGCUGACGACACGCUCAAGUCGACCUGGCUCAAGACUCUGUGCCGUCAAGUGGCAAACACCAUCUGCAGGGCUGACGCGGAAGACCUAAUUCAGUGCACUGAUCCUGACACCCUUCAAGUGAGCACGAAGGACAUGGACAGCACACUGAGUCGAGCCUCCAGGGCCAUAAAAAAGACAUCAAAGAAGGUUACUAGGGCGUUCUCUUUCACCAAAACCCCAAAGCGUGUGAUCCAGAGAGCUUUCAUGGCCAGCAGUACACCAGAUGACAAGAGCCCUGGCAUAGGCCUCGAUCAUAUGAGUCGAAUGAGUAGCAGCUCCACACUUGCUAUGGCUCGUUCAGCCUCCACGUUCAGUCUGAGUGGUUGUAGUAAAAAUGCUGUAGUGCAGCGCUCCAAUUCUCUGGACAAUGCGCCUCGGCCCAGGGUGUCAGUGUGUGUACGCAGCCCAUGCUGCCCGGAGAACACUAACCAGCCUGCUCCUGCAGAGUCCCAUCUCAAAGUGCCAACGCAACAAGCAUGCCCGGCCGCUCUGCAGGGCACGAGGCCAUGCCGGGAGCUUGUGGUUUCCUUGGAGCAGUGCCGAGCCAUUGGCUCCCCCCCCAGAGAGACUCUACUCUAGGUGUCCAUAUGAUGCUGUGCACUCACCAUCGAUGGUCAAUCUGUCGUCUGCGUUUGAGAGGAAGUACCACACAUUUAGCCGGUCAACCACUCACCUGAUCUGAUGUGUUUCCCAGCUCUGACUAAACAACACUAAAGAACUUCUACACAGUGGUACAGUGCAGUUCAAAGCACUGCUCUCUGACAUCAAAAUGAAGGAUUCUUCUUGUAAUUUGUGUUUUUUCCUGUGUUAAUGUCAUAUCUUUUGGGCACUUUCAUCUAAUAGUUAAUAACUGACAUUUUCAGGCUAUGUUUUUUUAUUUUAUUAUUAUUAUUUUUUUUAGAUAAUAGAUUUUCACAUUAUUAACCAAUUAAAGUAUUUAGCGUUAUAUGGGGAAGCCUAUCUCAGCCGCUUAAGUUUCCAGCUUUUAUAAAGCUACAAAAUUGAGUACUUUUAAUAUAAAUGCGAUGCAAUUAGAGAAAUGAUGGUAAGUCAUUGUAGUAAAACCAUUGCUCAAGUUUCAUAUAUUGUAAGAGUAUUUUCUUUUUUUAAAUGGACUAGAUCGUUUGUUUAGAACGGGCAAAAAAGUCGUGCUGCAUACAGUGUGCAUAUUUAUUCUCUAGAAUAAAUCGAUUAUAUAAAUAUAUAUAUAGUAUGUCAAUCCGAUCACUUUUCCUUUGUUUGUAUUUAUGUGUAAAUAUGGUCCUUUUUUCAUUUGUGGUAGUGUCAUUUCUAUGAUUUGUGUUUUUACUUUUUAACUGUCACUGUAUUGGCCUUUCAAAACCUGUACAAACAGUUACCCAUGUUUCAUACAAACUCCCCUUUUUCCUUUUCUUACUGUAUUGAAGUUACAUGUUUUUGUAAAUGGUCUGUAUUGAUUUUUGGGAAUUGCUUUUGUUUGACACUAUUCAUUUACUCAUUUCCAAUAAAAGACGGAAGUAGCUGAUGAAUGAGCGCCAGUUCUGGGAUUGGAAACAGCAUUUAACAGACAGCUGUCAAUGUUUAGUGCGACUAUUUUUCCUGAACAGCUCGUCUCACAAACCUUUUAGAACAUCAAGCUGUCUAAAGCUCUACAAUCUUAUAUGCAAAGGGCCAGUGUGGGUGCAGGUUUUCAUUCCAACCAAGCAGAAGCCAUACCUGAUUCCACCUGUUUAAUCAGUUGAUCUUGGAUUUCAAUAAAUUCAGGUGUGGCUUCUGCUUGGUUGGAAUGAAAACCUCCACCCACACCGGCCCUUUCCGCAAAAGAUUGGACACCCCUGCACUACAGCAUGUUUAUCAGGGGUCAUCAUGUAUACCUGGUGGACUGAGAGCCAGAUGCAGACCCAGCGAAUGUAUUUCUGCAGAUUGAAGCAAGCAAAAUACUGUAGCAGAACUGAUAAAUGUUUGCUAAAACUGCCCGUAUUUCAUGAACCACUGUGGCCUCUGUAGCAGAUCACUUGAAUUUAUGUCAAUGAUUGAUCUGAAGAGAAAGGGAAGAGGUUUCACAGACUUUCAUAGAAUUGUUUUCUUUGUGAUGAACUGGCAGGUGACAAUGUUUGAAGAUGAUUGGUUAGAGAAGUAUGCAUUUAUUCUCCACUUCAAUUUCAAAACGUAUGUUUCAUUUGUUCAGAGACCAUGGCUCUAUAGUUGUUUUUCAAUGAUUAGCUCACUGCUUGUUGUCAUUAGGCCACGUAGUAAAGAUGAUCAUGUGACCUAUUUUAAUCUGCUUUACAUUGUUGCAUUACAAGCAAGUCUCUAAUAUAUCAGGGAAUAGUUGUUGCAGGACCUAAUCAAAUUUGUUCUUUUUCACCAUUCCCCCCCCAUAUCAGCCUGAUUUCUGUCCUGAGCCUCAGAUUGUUGCUAUCUCUACUAAUCACAAUGUAGAGCACAUUAAAGGGCAACUGCUGUCACCAUUCAGUCAUGUUAAUUGCUUAUCCUGACCUUUUAAAACCAAGGAAUUUUAUGUACAUUAUGUGGCCAAAUUUUGUUGAUACCUGAAUAAUAAUGCCCAUAUAUGUCUGGUGAACAGAUUUCCAGAUUCAGUCACCUCUGGUGUAAUAACCUUCAAUCUUCUGGGAAGGCUUUCCACUAGAUUUUGGAGAAUGGCUGUGAGGAUCUGUGCUCAUUCAACCACAAGAGUAUUAGUGAGGUCAAGACAAGAAAGCCUGGCAUUCCAGUUCAUCUUAAAGGUGUUCAGUGAGGCUGAAUUAGGUCUCUGUGCAAGAUACUUGAGUUCAACCACACCAACCAUGGCGAACAAUGGAGAUGGAUUUGUGCACAGGGGCAUUGUUAUGCUGGGACUGGUUUGGGUGUUCUGGAUCCAGUGGAGGGAAAUUGUAAUUUUACAGCAUACAAAGACAUAUUCUAGACAAUUGUAUGUGUCAAACUUUUUUGGCAAAGACCCACAUAUGGGUGUAAUGUUCAGGUGUCCACAAACUUUUGACCAUAUGCAUGUUGCUGAAAAGGUUUAAAAGUUAUAUGAUUACGAAGAACAAAUAAAACAAACACUUUUUCUUGA